CCCAAGGGGGUGGGUCGGUCGUUUGGUGGUACGAAACAGUAAUUGCAUCUUCGAUCCGCGUAUCCGAAUGGGAACGACGCUAAUUACCGCGGGGCGAUAAUUCCCGUUGCCGCGUGUCACCCGUGCGUGCGUGCGUGCGUGCGUGCAGCGAAACUCGUAUAAUCGUUGCCUCGCAUUUUAAUACUUCUAUUACCGGGGUUCAUAAUGAAUUCGUCGCGCGUAACGUCGCGUUGCAUCAUCGUUGUUUAAUAAUUCAAGAGCAGAUCGCGAACUCGUUGCAUCGUUUCAAGAAACUGCAAGAUAAGACCUUGAACACGACUUCGUUCAGAUAUUUUAUUAAACGAUUAUCUUAUCAGUAAUUUAUUAUAAUUCAUUCAUCUUCUCUUGGUAUUUUUUUCGUAUUUGUAACAAAAUUGUUACAGCAGAGAGGCACGCGCGCUCGACCUCGAUUUAAGUCUUUUAAACCUCGCGUUUCCCAAGAAGUCGUCAACGUGACCAUUUAUUCUAUUCCUUAUUGUUUCAUUAUAAGGGAACACAAAUUAGAAAGUGAAAGUGAAUUUCAAAGAGAGCCCGCCGUUUGCAUUCUCCCUACCAAUCUGUACAACCAUCCCUCCUCUACGAAACCAUGAUAAACCACCCCUUUACAAAUACACAUAAUCGAUCGAAAUUAAGUUUGGAAAUCACGAUUAUAUUUAAAAAUUGAAAUCGAGUUUAAAAAUCGCAGGGAACGAUACAUAAAUGAGGAGCCGUGGUUGAUUCGAGGAACGCGCAGAGGUGGCGCCAGUUCGCUACGGGCAGCACGGGUAUCGUUCAGUUGCAGUGGUGCAUGGUCCGUGGCAGUAUGCGAAACAGUGUUUUGUGGAGUAGGAGUAGUAGUUCGUUGUUUUCGUGCACGAGACUCUGCGGGACGAUUUUCGGAAAUCCGACGAGGAGAAUGCGACGGACACGUUGCCAGGGUGGCCACGGGUACGCGCGUCCCGGCGCCCGUCACUGAGAAGCGUCGGGCACGGUCGCGAGCUCCCUUUUAGGUUAAAAGCGCACAAUGCGUUGCGUGAGAGAUUUGUACGGUGAAAGUAUCCGCGAGGACGCCGCGCGACCACGUCGAGGCAGCGAACGUUGUCGUCUCCUAUGCCGUUUUCUGACGCCGAUUCGCGCCGAUCUCUAGCAAGAUUCGUAGUGCGACGAUACUGUGGCGGGAGCGAGAGGGGGCGACGGCCGAGAGGGGGAGACAGAGAAUAUGCCGAGGUUGCGGUGAUCCGAACGGUCGAAUUUCGUGAACGAAUCUCCGUGUCGGGUUUCGCCACCAGAUGCACCGUAGCGGCUGUAAACAGAAUUCGCGUCGGACCCAUGGAUACGUGAACUGCUCUGGAGGCCGUCUUCGUAGAUAGGAUAUUAGAACAAUUGAACAUGGCAGACGACGAGGGCACCGAAUGGCUGCAGGGGCUGCUGCACGACGUCCAGCUGUCGCAGUUCUUCACGCGUAUCCGUGACGACCUCCAGGUCACUCGGCUGCAUCAUUUCGAUUACGUGCAACCGGAGGAUCUCGAGAAGAUCGGCCUGGGGAAGCCGGGGAUCCGACGACUGCUCGACGCCGUGAAGAAGAAGCGGAACACCCAAUGGAAGAAGAGCCUGAUGACCAAGAUCCGACCCGGCAGCAGCGCCAAGACCAACAAGAGGAGCUCCCAGCCGGUGGAAGGCUCCUCGGUACUGACGUGCCUCAUACAAGACAAGGACGUGACUCUGUCCAUUAAAUUGGGCGACGGUAGCUUCGGCGUCGUAAGGCGCGGAGAAUGGACCUCGCCGUCCGGUAGGGUGUUGCCAGUCGCCGUGAAGGUUCUGAAGGCCGACGCUCUGACACAGCCGAGUGUCAUAGAAGACUUCGUAUCCGAGGUGCAGGCGAUGCACACGUUGGAUCACCACAAUCUCAUUAGACUUUACGGCGUGGUAUUGUCGCAGCCGAUGAUGAUGGUGACCGAGCUGGCGCCGCUGGGAGCCCUGCUAGACUAUCUCCGUAAACAAUGUGGUCAAAUCUCAGUAUUAACUCUUUGCAACUACGCGCUCCAAGUAGCCACGGGUAUGGCUUACUUGGAGGCGAAGCGUUUCCUGCACCGCGACCUGGCGUGCAGGAACGUUCUUCUGAGUUCCGUGGACAAAAUAAAAAUUGGUGAUUUCGGUCUGAUGCGCGCGUUACCGCAGCAAGAGGACUGCUACGUGAUGACGGAGCACAAAAAAGUGCCCUUUCCGUGGUGCGCGCCGGAGUCGCUGAAGGCUCGACAGUUCAGCCACGCGUCCGACGUGUGGAUGUUCGGUGUGACUCUAUGGGAGAUGCUCACGUUCGGGGAGGAGCCGUGGGUGGGUUUGAAGGGAUCCGAGAUCCUGAGGAAAAUCGACAAAGACGGUGAGCGUCUGCACGAGCCGGAAGCGACGCCGCCGGAUAUGUAUCAAAUGAUGCUUCGUUGCUGGGCGCGAGAUCCUGCGGAGAGGCCCACGUUCGCCGCUCUGAAAUCGUCCCUAACGGGAAUGGUUCCGGCAGUGAUGAAAGCUUUGAGUCACUUCACCAUGGCUGGAAAAAUGACCAUUGAACAAGGCGAUCAGAUCGUGAUCUUGGACGGCCGGCCGGAGAAUUAUUGGUGGAAGGGUCAGAACCAACGGACCUUCCAAAUUGCACUGUUCCCUCGCUGUUUUGUGGAUCCCAUGAGACGGAAACAAGCGGAGGAUAUUAGCAAACCGUUGGAGAAUUCGUUUAUUCAUACCGGGCACGGGGCACCGUUCGGGAAAAGCUGGGGCAGUCCUAUUUACAUAGACGAUGUUUAUCUGAGAAAUCCUAUGGAACCGCCUGACGUAGUGGGCGUCGUGCCUCCAGAGGCCAAGGAGAAAUACUGCGGUACGCCGAGAUCGAGGAAACAGUUCAAUUAUACGAAAUUGCAGAACGACAUUGGAGGCAGUCCUGUUAAAACGGCGAACGCGGCGUCUGUUCCUAGCGGCAGUCAAGAGGGCAGCUUGAUAGAUCUGUCGCCGGAGGAGAUGGUGAACACUGCCGAGGCGCAAUCGGACACUGCCUGUCGUCGAGUGGUAAAUAUCCUCGACGAACCGAUCGACAACAUCGAGCAGCAGCAAUCGACGACGAAUUGGCCGGACGAAGACCCUCGGACCUACGCGAAUUUCCCUGGGAACGUCGAUCCUGCUUAUUCGGACCCUUUCGACACGUCCACGGUGUUCAUGAAACUGCCUCAGUCCAGGUAUUACAGUCACGUACCUUCGGACGUGAGCAAUCGAUACUUCAAGACUCAGACUUACGGGAACGUGCAAAAUCAGGACGCAGCCAGUAGCAAUCAAGAGAAUUAUUUCCCUGCGGAGCAACCCGCCGCGGACGUGAAUCACUAUUCCAUAAAUCUGAGCAAAGAGAACAGGAACGACAGUAUCAAUCUAAACGUGAACGCGGGGGAGAACAACGCGUACAGCCAGAAUCAUUACAGCGAGAUCGAUAAACCUAGUCCGACGGCGAACUGGCCGGAGGAUUUGCAACAGAACGAAGUGCAGACGUACGUGAACGUCUCUAGUCGGAACUUGCAAACGCCCGACGCGCCUCCCCCGCCGCCUGUCGCACCGAACGAAAGUCCUCCGAAACCGAAAUCGAACCAUGAUCUCGCUCAGAGUCUGAACGAAUUGACUAUCAACUCUCGUAAUGUUUCUCCGAAGAAAUUGGACCCAGCUUUUCUGGCCGAGUUGGAGAAACAUUUAGGCGAGAAGGAAGCUAGCAAAAACAUGAUAGCCAGUCAAUCGAAUCCUGAAACCUCCGAUCCCUACUCGUCCGUUACUAAACAGGAUAAUAUGAUCCCAGCGUUAAGGCCUCCGCCGCAAACGGCGAAGCGCAAAUCGCCUCAGUUGGCCGAUUACCGGAGCAGCAACCUGCCGAGCAAAGUCCAGAACUCCUGGCAGUCGAAGAGUACAAAUAUCCAACAACCAGUCCGCGUGCAGCUCGAACAGAGGGUAGAGACAAGCACGGAACAAAUGGUCGGCCAGAUUUGGCACCAGCAGCAAGCUCAGAUGUCCCAGCACAACGCCUACGUUCCUCAGCCAAAUCUGAACCUCCUUCAAGCCGCUCCCAGCAAUGUAUCCAAGCCAACUUUCAAUCACGCACAGAACGCAGCGAGCAACUUCCCGAAUUUAACGUUGCCCACGCCGUUCCACGGGAUAACGCAGAUACAGAACGACCUGCAACAACCGCAUUCGAGUAAUACCGUUCCGAAGCCGCCGAACGCGGCCUUCUCACCGUUGCAAGUGUACGCGGAGCUGAAGCAGACCGUGCCGAACCUGGAUCAACUGUCUCAAAGCGAGUUCAACACGCUGUACAAUAAAACGGUGCAGCAGAACAUCCUUAGAAACUAUUCUGCGGUCGGCACGUCCGCCACCGAUUCAACCAGCAAUCUAAGUCAUAGCCACUACCUGGACGGAGCGUCUGGAACGAGCGGUCAGCCUCGCGCUAGCCAACCCGCGAGGAACGCAUCUGGACAACAUCCCUGUGACUUCAGUCCGCAUUUGAAACAGCCACCGGUGUACAAUCCUCCACCCCCGGCCAGCACCUGGAGCCCGAUGAAGUCCGUUCAGAACGAGCUGGGGCAGGGCCAGAGCGCGAUCAAGUGCAAUUUAGCGAGCAAUCUGGUGAACAGCCCCAAUCUGCUUCAACUCGCGCAUACCAAUCCGCCUCAAGAGGGUCCACAACCGUCCUCGAUCAGGGCUAUGGCCCCGCAGAUGACCGAGACGGUCGUUAAUACUCAAUUAGCCCCCUCCGCGUCCGCUUACCCCUCCGGCGUCAGUCCACCGUUGACCGCGGCCUCUCAGCAGCUGGUCAUGUCGCUCAGCGACGAAUUCCGCGCGAAUAAAGUGAUGAAGGUGCAGAGAGAAGUGGAUGCGUCGCAACAGGAAAUACUCACCGCGCUCCAGGCCACCGGUUGGGACACGAAUCAAGCUGCCAAGCAGAUUCUAAAGGACAGGCAGGCCAAGAUCGAGUCUCUUGUCAGAUUGGGCUUGGCGGACCGGCAACAGUGCGAGGGUGCUCUUAAGCAGACUGAAUACGACGUAGACUUAGCGGCUUCCCUGUUGCUAGAUCAGGUGAAAUGAUCAGAUAAAGAUACUGUAAAAUAACUGUGUAGCGAUGAUAUAGGUAUUCUUAGUGUACACGUAUUUAUAAACGAUAGCCAUACGAGUGAGUAAACGAGGGCUACGGGCCGCGAGAGCAUGAUCGAGUGCAGUCCGUAACGCGAGAUCCUCGGCGAUAUUCGAUAUCCCGUGAGUAGAUAACGAUCGCACUGAAACAAGUGUUCCGUUUCCUUAAAGUCUCCCAGCAGGUUAAUGAUAAAUAAAUAGAGGUAUCAAUCCAUCUGCGAAUAAAAAUAGUUGAAGUUAUUAAAAAGACUGAGCCGAUUCUUUAGAUUCUUCGAAUAUCGUCUUCAGCAUCUCGUUUUACAGGCUGGAAGUGUCUCCUGUUUGAAAAAAUUCUGUAGUUCGAUACAGAGUCACAAAUCAAGUAUUAAUUUUUCUUCUCUUAUAUUUUUUUAUUUGUACUUUGCUGAUCGAUGAGGAACACUGAGGUUGCAUUCCAAUGUUGUCAGCGGGAGAGAUUUCGCAGGCCUUCGGUCUUUCUUUCGAGUUUCAUUCUCUUCGGGUGCUUCUGAUAUCUCAGAUUCUAAUUUAAUUUCUCCAUCCAUCUCGUAAUGAAAAUACUCUUCCACACUUGGCGUAAUUAAUGGAGUUAAUACUUGUCACUGAUUUCAUAAAAUAGAGCGACAAAGGUCUUCCUGUAAUUACGGUGUGCAUCAAUGAAAAAAUUGUACAAUCGGUUUAUUCAACGUCAGUAGAGAUUCGAAACUGUUCCCGUCGACGAGCUCUAAUUAGAUCUACGUGACCGGAAGUGAAACGGGUCACCGAGGAUUGUCGGUGGAAUGAGAGAGAACUCCUUCGCCUUCUUUCCAUACAUAUUUAUGACAGUACAUCCCCCCCGUGAAAGUGCUAGUAAAACGUCUUUUUACGAUUGAAUUCUGCGGAGUGCUCGGGGCCUGUUAAGAGAAAUCGAUGGUGUCAUCGAUGACGAGGUUCCAUUAACGCCAGAACAAUGCGAACACUGUGCUAAGAAAUCAGUACCUUCCUUGUUCCAACUUUUUAGCCUCUAUCCUAUUUUUAAAUUCGAUUUGUAAUCAACAAUUUUAUUGGAAUUUAACGAAUUUCCAAGUCGAAGAGAAGAAUUUUUAAUUAAUCUUUUAAUUAGAAGACGUAGAAUUUGUUGCUAAUUUAUGGGAACAGUUUCGGGUCCAGCUGAUCUUCAGGAGCACUUGGAUAAUUUCGAGGGGCACAAUUCCAUGAAAGCAAUUCCUGAUCGCGUCGCCAGUUGAGAGUCGUAGCAAAAAGGAGUGGAAACGGUUCUCGGACCUGGGACAGUCAGUGCUAGCCUUAAACGAUUCUGCACAGGUUUUCGAGUAGCUGCGACGCAAUCGUGAUGACGAACGAGUCUGCUAAAUAAAAAAAUACGUGUAUGUACAUGUGUGUAUAAAAGGAGAGAGAAUAUAUAGGAGGAGAUAUUUGCCAAGUAGCGAGAGACGUUGAAUUUGUAACUGUGAUAUGCGUUACUAAAGGCUCUAGGCAGAAAGGAAGAGAACUUUUCUCUGUCGUCCUUUUUAGGGAUAGAGAUACAGGCGAGUCAAUAAGAAUGAUCAUGCAACAUAAAAACAGUUUACUUAUUUCAUUGGAAAAAUCGUUGAAAUGCAGGAAUGCAUAAAUUCGAAUCACACGAGUAAUUGUUUUCAACGAUUAUUCUUAUUAAUUCGUUCUGUGUAUCAAUUAGAUAUGUGAUGUCCACGAGUGUACAUAGGAGUUUCUAGCGACUGAGUUAAGCUUCCUUUAUUUACAUUUAUUUUCUUGUUCUGUCCCCGGCCAUAAGCCGGAUAUCAUGCGGUGUGAAUAAAAACGUUUCGUCUGAUGAUAUUCUAUGCGGGAAGCAAUCGAACAGUUUUCAUUUCUUCAAAUUAAAAAUCGGUAGAAUCACAGCGAGCUUGAGUAUGAAAUCCAGUAUUAUUGAUUCACUAUGAAGAGUUUAGGUUCUAAGAUUUUUUUAGAUAGGAUUCUAAGAAAAAAUUGCAAGAAUUUUAUUUCUCGGUUCCUUUCCGCAUAAUUUAAUAACGUAAAAUGCAAACAGGAAACACUGUGAUUGUCUUCAGCCAGAUUUGUCCCUAUUUUUCAAAUGCCUAUCUAAAGUCACUAUUUUUUUAAGCAGAGAGAGAGAGAGAGAGAGGUGGGACAGUGACAGAGUUUCUGAUUUGCAUUUAUCACCGAGGAAGUCACGAGGUUUUGUUUGUGCGAAGCGAGAAUGAGAAAACGGAUAGGCUCUCUAAAUUAUUCUCCGGAAAUCAAACUUACGCUCGUUAGUGUCCACGUAAGUGGCGUCUGUAUGUUGUGGCCGCGGAGAAUGUUCGAUACAUCACAAAUAAAAUGUAAAUGACGAGAAUCCACAUUUGUUUCAGUCACACAUUUUCGUCGUUCUUAAUUGCAUCACUCGUACUGUAUUUAAUACUGUGUUCUCCCUGUUUACAAGAUUCGUUUAAAUAUCUUGGAUGUUCGUAAUUGUCGAAGCCGUCUGAUCAUAAAUAAAUUCGUUGGAAUGUUU